CGCGGGGCCAGUCCGAUCGCAGAAGUGAUCCCGAGGAGUUCCUCGAUAGUCGCGGCCGCCCGGUUUUCACGCGAUUUUUCGCCGUUACUCCUGGCAUCCCCCGUUGCUGCUCCUCCGUGAUACAGACGCGAUGUCGAUGGCGGGGCAGUGAGAGGUCAUUGAGAGGUGACUGGAAGAUCUAGUCGCGCUCCACUCGGAAUCACUCAACGAGGUAUCAGCGAGGUCACACACGAGGAUCAUGAAAAUGGUGCUGUCUCAACGUCAGAGGGAGGAGUUAAAUAAGGCGAUCGCGGAUUACCUUAGCACCAAUGGCUACCAGGAUGCACUGGAGGCAUUCAAAAAGGAAGCCGAUAUGCCGGGGGAGGUGGAGAGGAAGUACGGGGGUCUGCUGGAGAAAAAGUGGACCUCGGUCAUACGAUUGCAGAAGAAGGUGAUGGAGCUCGAGUCGAAGCUCUCCGAGGCGGAGAAGGAGUUUAUAGAAGGCGCACCGACGCGCGGCAAGCGAUCGCCGUCCGAAUGGAUACCGAGGCCGCCGGAGAAGUACAGUCUGACCGGACACAGAGCCCCCAUUAAUAGAGUUAUUUUCCAUCCGGUUUUUAGUCUUAUAGUAUCCGCCAGUGAAGAUGCUACCAUUAAGGUAUGGGACUUCGAGAGCGGCGAAUUCGAGAGAACGCUGAAGGGCCACACCGACAGCGUGCAGGACGUCGCGUUCGACGUCUCGGGCAAGCUGCUCGUAUCCUGCAGCGCGGACAUGUCCAUCAAGCUGUGGGACUUCCACCAGUCGUUCGCGUGCGUGAAAACCAUGCACGGCCACGAUCACAACGUCAACUCGGUCGCGUUUGUGCCACAGGGUGACUUCGUAGUGAGCGCCUCUAGGGAUAAGACCAUCAAGAUCUGGGAGGUGGCGACGGGAUACUGCGUGAAGACCCUCGUCGGCCACAGGGAGUGGGUAAGAAUGGCGCGAGUCAGCCCGUGCGGCGAGCUCAUCGCCAGCUGCUCGAACGAUCAGACCGUUCGCGUGUGGCACGUAGCGACGAAGGAGACCAAGGUCGAGUUCAGAGAUCACGAUCACGUGGUGGAGUGCAUCGCAUGGGCACCGGAGAGCGCAAGAGCGUCGAUCAACGCGGCGGCCGGAGCGGACAACAAAGGUGCGCACGAAGGGCCCUUCCUCGCGUCUGGUUCUCGGGACAAGAUGAUUCGCGUGUGGGACGUCGGCGCCGGGGUGUGCCUCUUUACCCUCGUCGGGCACGACAACUGGGUACGAUGCAUCGUCUUCCAUCCUGGCGGCAAGUUUAUCGUCAGCGCGUCCGACGAUAAGACGCUGCGAGUCUGGGACACGCGCAACAAACGAGUGAUGAAGACCCUCGAAGCGCACGUUCAUUUUUGCACCUCUGUCGAUUUCCACAAGAGCCAUCCUUACGUGGUCACCGGGAGCGUCGAUCAAACGGUGAAGAUUUGGGAGUGCCGCUAGUCACCGAAUUAUAGAUUUUCCGUCGGACGUCGUGCGGGAGAGUACAGACGUACAGAAGAAGAAGAUAAAGAAGAAACAAGAAAAGACGAAAGCGCGUCCAUUUUUGAUGGAAUCGGCCGAACGAGUAAGCUGCUACAAAAGCUAUCGUAUACAUGCUAUUAAUAUUAAUAUUAUUAUUAUUAUUAUUAUAUAUAAAGAAAAACACACAUAAACACGUAUGAUUAAGAGCUCUUUAAUUAAUUUAUAAUAAAAGUAUAAUUAGAGUAAUUAUUAUAAUAUUACAAACAUCGUUUUACGGCAAUGAACUGCACUAAAAAAAAAGAGAGAGAGAUAGGAGAAAAAAAUUCGAGGAGAGUGAAUCGAGAGAGACGGUCAAUAAAUAUAAGGAUCAAACGAUCGAGAGGACGCUCCCGAGUUCUCGUUACGACCUACGAUAUCACGUGGGGGUUAAUGCCAUAUACAAUUACAAGAGUUAUAAUUCCCUUUUUAGACAGUUGUGCAAUCGUAGGCAUUAUUAUUCUGUACAUAUAUACGUGUCCUUCGCGCAGCGCGAAAUUCGACGAGUCGAUGUACGAGCAGCCGCCGUUUUGAUUUCCUCUUCUCGCCCGCUUGUUACUCGCUGAUCUAUAUAUCCGUUGAAGUAUAUUAGUUACCAGCUGUCACACAAACAACACGAGCAAAGAGAGAGAGAGAGAGAGGGAGAGAGAGAAAAAGCAGAUCGUCCUCCUCGAUUAUGAUCUUGUUGCGAACGAACUUGUGUCGAAUUUCUUUUAAUUUGUCGACGGUGGCGAAUAUUUCGGCUGUGGCGUCACCCCCUCCUCCGCGGUAAACUGGUAAAUUCGUUGUCACUAUCUUCGCGCGCUCUCCUCGAGAGUUCUUGAUAUAAUAAUGAAGAACAGGAUGUGCCGCUUCUUCUUCACUCAUAUAUAUAUGAAAAAUUUACACACACACGAUACACACACACACACACACACACACACACAGAGAGAGAGAGAGAGAGAGAGAGACACAUAUGUAUUAGACGCGCAGCGUCUUUGUGCAAAGUACCGAGUGUCAAUGGUCGUCUAAUAUCGGCUCACGUGUACCCUUGAUAAGUAUUGAGUUAAUAUUACACCUGUCGUCGCAUUAAUGAAGAUUCCUUUUUGUGGGACACGUAACGCGUAACGUAGCUCGGAUGACGGAUAAGUCGGUAAGGCGACGAUUAAGGGUACGAGUAAGAAACGCGGGAUAAAACGAUCGCGAACUGUCGCAGUCGCGGAAGAAAAAAGAAAACGGGUACUCUCAUCACAUGUUACUGUGUAGUGAACUCUUUGUCGAGAGAACGUGUCCCUUGGCUACGAUAUGUAAAUUCCAUUAUGUUUUACAUAUGUUUAUGUAUAAUCGAAUCUCGCGGAGCCCGUGAAAUGUCGUCAAUCGAUAAUUUUUGCAACUCGAAGGCUUCGCAAGCGUGCGCACGGCGGCGUCGUUUGGUCAUUUAACUUUUGUCUCGGAGAAACGUGUAAAAUCUGGAAAAAAUGAAUGAGGUCGCUCCUGACGAGGUCUUAGUGAAGAAAAGCGUGCUCAAAAAAAAAACGAAGAACCACGAUGGAAUGGAUAGGUUUCUCGCCACGUACUUGGCGUCCAAUCACCGUGCAUUAUUAACAGUAACGAUAUAUUAUAAUAGGCACAGCUGAAACUAUAUAUAUAUAUAUAUAUGUGUGUGUGUGUAUAUAUAUAUAUGUAGAGAGAGAGAGAGAGAGAGAGAGAGAGAGGAAGAAAGAGAGAAAAUGCGACAUUGAAAUUUAAAGCAUUCGAGCGAUAAGCUGGGGGGUAAAUCGCGCGUAAAAAUGUAACGCAUAAAAUGUAAUGCAUACUACAUGUACGGAAGUUUUAGAGCGCAUUAGUUCAUUGCGUGGGUUCCAAGAGAAGUUUACUAGCUGUACUUUUUAGUUCUAACUACUAUUUAGCGGUAGCUCAGACAUAAAGAAAUGUAGACGUUAGAAGGAAAAUAAGGGAAUAAAACUGCAAGAGACACGAUUGAUGUAAUUAACAGUUGAUCGACACACACGACCACGAGACACGUCCGAUAUAUUCGAUAAGAGAUCAUUCUUUGCGCAUGUUGCGAAAAGAGAGAGCAGGGAAGAAAGAGAAAGCACGAGGGAGAAAAAAAUCUGCGAAUCUAUAAUCGAAACCUUGAAACGCUUGAUUUCAAGGGUGAUCUUUUCAAACAGUAACACUCUCUCACUGUCUGCUACCUUUCUUUUCCUGCUGCUUUUCCCCCUCUCUCGUUCAGCCUUUGGCCAAGAAAAAACGAUCCCCCCCCCACCCCGCCCGCCCUCUGAAGAUAAGAUACCUCUCACUUAAUGUGGUACUAAAUUAUUUUGAUGAAUAAUAAACAGAGUUGUCACUGAGUCGUGUGAUCGUUAUGCUAUAUACAUCACCUGUGAUUCACAACAUUUCUCAGAAUGGAGUUAAAAUCUCUCUUUCUCUUCACGUUUUGCAGGUAGUCCUUAAUUGAUCCGUUCAAUUAGUUGCAAACGCGCGAUCACUUUCCGUUGCCCUGCGAGCUAGAAUUUCCGUAGUCCUCUCUUAAUCGAGAGAGAAAGAAAGAGAGAGAGAGAGAGAGAGAGAGAGAGAGCAGUGUAGGCUUAAGUCUCUGAAAACUCUGCAAGUACGUAUUAAUCUACAUGCAUGACAGUAUUUUAUAGUACGAUUAGGGCAAGAGCUAGCAAUAUAGCAUUGUAAGUGAGAGAAACGCAUUACCAAACACCUAUUGUGCGUGUUUAUAAUUACGUAGAUGAUGUAAUAAAAGUUAUGUUAUUAGUCGCCUUUCAUAAAUCCGUCACGAUGGCUUCUGCGACUCUAUCGCUUUCUACCUGCUUGGGAAAUGAUAAUACCAACGAGUAGUCCUAUAUAAUAAAGUAUUCUUCGUCAUUUGUGAUAUAUACAA